UUGCAUAAAUACGUAAAAUACAAAAACAUGUCGGCGUUUGACUCGCCCAUCCCGUUAGCGGAUAUCGAGGCAGUAUUAGCGUGGGUGGACAAUUUCAAGCUGUCGAGGCCCACGAAGAAGAUUAAUAGGGAUUUCUCUGAUGCCGUGCUUCUCGCCGAAAUCCUCAAUGUCUACUACCCGAAGCUGGUGGAAAUGCACAACUACCCUCCCCGCAACAGCCACGCGCUUAAGCUCAACAAUUGGAUGACCCUCAACAGGAAAGUGUUGAGAAAGCUUAAGCUCAACCUUUGCUGCUCAACCAUGGAGCAAUUGGCGAAUUGUGCCCCGGGAGUUAUAGAACGGGUGCUUAUAAUGGUAAAAGAGAAAAUUCGUCGGGACGAGGAACUGACCAAGUCGAAGGAAGGGCUGGAACCGCUGGAUAGCGGCGGCAGUUACUAUGAAUGUGGGGAUGAUGAACACGUCCUGGUGGUGCCAGUGAAGUCCAGAGUGAACGGAAUCCUGGAGACGAUACAGCAGAAGGUGGUCAGCCAUGAAACCUUCCUCGCAUUGAAGCAGGAGCUCAAGGACUUGCAGGAUUGCAACGAGGUUCUGAAAAACAAGCAAAGAUCAGAAGAAUUAAUGGACGAGUUCAAGGAUAGUGUAGAAGAUGCUGUAAUGACCAUUGAAGAUAGCAUCAAGAAGGAAGUGAAAGAAAUAACUAACACAUUACAAUUUGCUAAUGAAACUUAUUACUUGAAAUGA